UGCACACACGUGCGCGAAUUGAAGCACUUUUUUGCAGCCGAUCAGAGCUUUAAGUCUCGUAAUGGUACUUAAAAUAGUUCUUUAACAUCUAAAAUCUAUCACAUGAUGCAUCGGUCGAUUUUCAAAUGUACUCCUAUUUUCUUCGCGUCAAUAUAACAAACCUUUUAGUAUUCACUUGAAAGACUUAAAAUAAUAUUACAACCUGCUCGAACAUGUCUGCUGACGAGAGUUAUGUCUGCAUGCAGUGAAUGUAAACACGUGGUCGUGAAUAAAUAGAAAAAAUCCGUGUCACGGAGAUCAAAACUAUAAUAAAAGAAAACGUUUGCUGGAGUAAUUCAAAUAAAAUUCUAUUUUAGUGGUUUUAAAGGUGAUUAGACUUUGAAAUGCCUACACCUCGAAAAAGUCUAUGGACAAAAUGUGACAAUUGUCAAGCUUGUUUAUCGGAAAAAGAUAAGGCUGCCCACGAAAAAAGUUGUCCUCCGACAGAGGCAUCAAAUCACAAUUUUAUAAGAGGAGAUGUUUUAUAUUGUAAGAUAGGAGCUUGUGAAGAUGCAGAACUGUCUUUGCCAGGGAGUGGUCAAGAAUCAGAUAGAUUUAUUUUUUUACCACAGCUGAGAAAGGAUUACAUGAUUUUAAACAUUGUUAGGGGUGAUCCAGUUAUAAUUAAUACUUCAGAUAAUGCAAUCGUCAAAAUUGCACAUCCAAGUAACAAUAAAAAUCUUUCAGCAUUAUUAACCAAAGAUGCUAUUGAAUUAGAUAAAAUGAGAGGAAGUGUAUCUAUAAAAAAACUUGAUUAUAAACCUUCUUUGGCCCAAGAAAUUGUCAUUAAAGUCAUAGGAAAAACUCAAGUUGAUAGCAAUGAAACUUCAAAGAUAAAACUGGACAUAAGCAGAUCCUACCAUAGACAUAUCUUAACUUCUGGCAAUAGAAUUCGUAUCUCAUACAAUAACCAGAAAUUAAUUUUUGAAGUUGUUAACAUUAAAUCUAACGAUUCCAUAGAAGAAGAGUUUGAAAAACUUUCUAUAGAAAGUGAAAAUAGAAGAAAAUUUUAUUUAGUUCAAAUUCAGACUAAUUGGAGAUUUUUUAAUGAAGAGUCAGAGCAAAAAAUUAUAAAAAAAAACCUUUUCUCUCUCAAACAUAUUGGAGGAUACUCUGAUUUAAUCAAAGACUUAAUAAAAAUUUUGAAAAUAGGUCUCAAGAGCGAUUUGAAUUUGUUCAAGUUCAAGAUCAGCAAAGGAAUUCUUUUGCAUGGGCCACCUGGAGUUGGAAAAUCAAUGCUUGUUGAGGCUUUAUUAUCAGAAUUUGAUGCUCAUGUUAUAAGAAUAAAUCCUCUAAUUUUAUCAACUUGUAAUAAGAAUGAAACUGAUUCAAUACUUAAAAACUUAUUUGACCAGGCUUUUGAAAAACCUCAAUCUAUAGUAUUCAUAGAUGACAUAGACAUUUUGUGUCCCAACAAAAAUAAUUUAACAAGUUAUGAAAAAAAAGUUUUUAGCAAUGUUGUAACUUUUUUUGAUGAACUGCAGCUGAAUAAAAAGAACAUCGUUGUUUUAGCAGUAUCUUCUGAUCCAGAAUCAAUUAAUACUUCAUUGAAGAAUCCAAAAUUUUUUGGCAAAGAAUUUCAUAUGCCUAUACCUACAAGAGAUGUAAGAAAGCAAAUAAUAUUGAAAAUGAUUGAGACAAUACCAAAUUCUUUAACAGAAAAUGAUAUUGAUAAAAUAGCGUAUGAAACACAUGGAUUUGUGGGAGCAGAUUUAACUAAUUUAUGUUCGGAAGCUUGUCUGAAAGCACUAAGUCAUGAGAGCUCAUCAAAAACUGGUGGUAAUUUUGAAGUUUUAGUAAGUAAGGAAGAUUUUAUUCAUGCACGAAACGUAGUUAAUCCAAUGGAAAUGAAAGAAAUUGCUAUUCAAAAUCCCAAUGUCAAAUGGUCUGAUAUUGGUGGGCAAAAUGAUUUAAAAAAAAAACUUCUUCAAUCUAUUGAAUGGCCCAUUAAAUAUCCAGAAUUGUUUUCGGGAGGAUUAAGACCUCCUCGAGGAGUGUUAAUGUUUGGUCCACCUGGAUGUUCUAAAACUAUGAUUGCCAAAGCCCUUGCUACUGAAAGUAAACUGAACUUUCUCAAUGUUAAGGGGCCAGAAUUAUUCUCCAAAUUUGUAGGACAAUCAGAAAAGAAGGUGAGAAAAUUAUUCAAAACAGCAAGGCAAGUGGCACCAUGCAUCAUAUUCAUUGAUGAAAUCGAUGCUCUUGGCGGAGAAAGAAGUACUUCAUCUGAAGCUGGUGGAUGUAGCGUUCAAGAAAGAGUCUUAACUCAGCUUUUGACUGAGUUAGAUGGAGUUGUUGCCUUGAGAAAUGUUACUCUUGUUGCAGCUACCAAUCGACCAGAUAGAAUAGAUAAGGCUUUGCUCAGACCCGGAAGAUUUGACAGACUCAUAUAUGUUCCUUUACCAGAUGCUCAAGCAAGAGAAGAAAUAUUCAAAAUUAAACUUGCAAAAAUGCUAACUUCUUCCAUUAAAAUAGAAGAGUUGGUGAAAAAGACUGAAGGCUAUUCUGGAGCAGAAAUUGGAGCAGUUUGUAAUGAAGUUGGAUUGAAAGCUAUAAACGAAUUACUAAUUAAUAAUCCCGAGACCACAGACUUUGAUGAAUCAUUGAAAAUAACAAUGGAAGACUUUGAUAAAGCAUUGGAAACUGUGCUUCCAAGGACUGAUGUCAAUAUGUUGAAUAUGUAUGAUAAGUAUGUACGCAGAUCCAUUUGA